AUGUUCCGCACCGCUGCUCUCACCGCUUUCACCUUUGCUGCCGUCGUUCUCGGCCAGCAGGUCGGAACUUUGACCACAGAGAACCACCCAGCUUUGUCCAUCCAGCAGUGCACUGCUACUGGUUGCACCACCCAGCAAAAAUCAGUCGUCCUCGACUCCAACUGGCGCUGGACUCACUCCACUGCCGGAGCGACUAACUGCUACACCGGCAACGCCUGGGACCCUGCUCUCUGCCCCGACCCGGCCACUUGUGCUACCAACUGUGCCAUCGACGGUGCUGACUACAGUGGAACGUACGGUAUCACCACCUCCGGCAAUGCCCUUACCCUCCGCUUCGUCACCAAUGGCCAGUACUCCCAGAACAUCGGUUCCCGAGUCUACCUUUUGGACGACGCUGAUCACUACAAGCUGUUCGACUUGAAGAACCAGGAAUUCACAUUCGAUGUCGAUAUGUCUGGUCUUCCUUGUGGCCUCAAUGGUGCCCUCUACUUCUCCGAGAUGGCCGCUGACGGUGGCAAGGCUGCCCAUGCCGGUAACAACGCUGGCGCCAAAUACGGAACCGGUUAUUGUGACGCUCAAUGCCCGCACGAUAUCAAGUGGAUCAAUGGCGAGGCCAACGUUCUCGACUGGUCCGCUUCUGCGACUGACGACAACGCUGGCAAUGGCCGAUACGGAGCGUGCUGCGCUGAGAUGGACAUCUGGGAGGCCAACUCAGAAGCCACUGCCUACACUCCUCACGUCUGCCGUGACGAGGGUCUCUACCGCUGCUCUGGCACCGAGUGUGGUGAUGGCGACAACCGCUAUGGAGGAGUCUGCGACAAGGAUGGCUGCGACUUCAACUCUUACCGCAUGGGUGACAAGAACUUCCUCGGCCGCGGCAAGACAAUCGACACCACGAAGAAGGUGACUGUCGUGACUCAGUUCAUUACUGACAACAACACUCCCACCGGCAACCUUGUCGAGAUCCGCCGUGUUUACGUCCAGAAUGGCGUUGUCUACCAGAACUCAUUCUCCACCUUCCCUUCGUUAUCUCAGUACAACUCCAUCUCUGAUGAGUUCUGUGUCGCCCAGAAGACCCUGUUCGGCGAUAACCAGUACUACAACACUCACGGUGGUACGACAAAGAUGGGCGACGCCUUCGAUAAUGGCAUGGUCCUCAUCAUGUCCCUCUGGAGUGAUCACGCCGCCCACAUGCUCUGGCUUGACUCUGACUACCCACUCGACAAGAGCCCGUCUGAGCCCGGUGUGUCUCGUGGAGCUUGCCCAACUAGCUCCGGAGACCCCGACGAUGUUGUUGCCAACCACCCCAACGCGUCCGUCACCUUCUCGAACAUCAAGUACGGCCCGAUCGGCUCUACCUUCGGUGGCAGCACUCCCCCCGUCUCAUCAGGCGGCAGCUCUGUCCCCCCUGUCACCUCGACCACUUCGUCUGGGACGACCACCCCCACAGGACCCACAGGCACCGUUCCCAAGUGGGGACAAUGUGGCGGUAUCGGCUACAGCGGACCCACCGCUUGCGUUGCCGGGUCUACCUGCACAUACAGCAACGACUGGUACUCUCAAUGCCUUUAA